GGUGGAACACAACGAACCAUUUAUCGCGUCGACCAGAGCGGACGACAAAUACCAAUGUGGACUGUCAAUGAGAACAACGAAGAAGGCGUCCUUGCGGUUGUCUCCGCAGACCCCAGAGUACAGGUCCCUGCGGGCAGUGCAGUCGGCAUUAUCAAAUACCACACUUUAUCUUCAAAAACACAAAUCACCCUCUGCGGUUCCAAUCUGAGCCUGGGGCUCACGGAUUACAGCCAUGGGCACGAAGUCAACUUCAACGGCUACAACUAUCGAUGGGUCAUGUCCAAGAACACAAUGUCGACGAACACACUUUGCCUCAAAACCGAUGGAGACCGGUUAUUAGCGAGAUGGUCGGGAAAGCCUGAAGGCCGAGGGGAUUCGAGUCUGAUUUUUGAACUGUUUGUUCCGCCUCAAACACUUGAUAUGGAUCUGUUGGUCGUCACCGGGCUGGCAUCUGCAGGGUACUGGAAGAAAGCAAACAAG